UCAAAUUAACAUAUUUUUAUUAACAACAACUUCUAACAGUAUUUUCAUUAAAUAUUGAGAAUAAAUUUCACUAAACAAUAGACAAAAAGUUAGUAUAUUAUAAUACAAUCUGACUAUGGCACUAAAAAGGAAGAAAAAUAACUAUUGCACUCUGCAAGCAGUUUCACCUUCACAUUGCAUAUUUUCACCAAUUUGACCGCCUUUAAGUAAAGUAUUUACAGUGGCCCUCGCUAAGUAGCCUGUUGAUUGCAUGUAAGGAAUUUCCAUUAGAAAGCCUAUUUUUUCUUCUGUCAAGUUGUGGUCCUGAAACAAAAACAAAACUCUAUUUUACCAGGAAACCAUUAAAAACCGUUCUAAUUCAAAUUUAUUAUAGACAAUACUUUCUAUUUCAGGUAAUUAGUUUUCAAUGAAGUAGGUACCUACUUAUAUGAGAGGCUAAAACAAAAUCUGCCUGCAUUUUUAAAAUCAUUGGCUAAAAUGAAAGUAACAAUUUUUGUGCUUCUUUUUGCUACAAGUGCAUAUUCCCAAUUUCCAAAUGGUAGAUCAUUAGAAAGACCCAUACCAGAAAUGUGCGCCGAGAGAACCAUCCAUGAAACGUCACCGUUUGGGCAAAAUUAUUUUUAUUCAUGGAGAGAGAAUAUUGACGAAGAAGAUUGGCUAGGAAGCAGAAAUAUAUGUAGAAUGCGUUGCAUGGACGCCGUUUCCCUUGACACUAAGCAUGAAAAUGAAUGGAUAAAAGAAAAAAUCAAAAAUGAAAAUGUGGCAGAAAUUUGGACAUCAGGAAGAAUCUGCGACUUUAAAGGUUGCGAUAGACCAGAUCUUUUGCCGAAAGAUAUUAAUGGUUGGUUUUGGACAGCAAUUUUUAAAAAAAUGGCACCGACUACAGAUAGGGAAGCUAACGAUUGGUCUUCUACCGGAGGACUUGGUUUUCAACAACCUGACAACAGGGAAUCAAUUUAUGGCAAAACUGAAAAUUGUUUAGCUGUCCUAAACAACGUCUACAACGAUGGUAUUCGCUGGCACGAUGAAGUAUGCACUAGAAGACGUCAUUACAUAUGCGAAGACAGUGAAGAACUACUACGAUAUGUCAGAUAUAUCAGACCUGAUUUAAAUAUUAAAUAAAUACAUUACGUUAAUCAUUAUAAUUUACAGCUGAAGUUGUUUUAAUAAUUUCUUACUUUAGCAUACAUAUGGGCAGCCUCAUUAAUCAACUGCCUCAAAUCCAAAGGUUGAUUGAAAGUCAAUUCUGGAUUUCUCCCUAGAAUUGUAGAAACUAUGGUCAGCAAUUCUACCACCAAUUGUCUGUAUUCGGGCACGUUUAUGUGAUUUAACA